AUGCACUUUAGCAGUCAUCAGCUGCUGAGGCUGUUUUUGAAGCCAAAGUUCUUUUUGAGAGUGCGAAGGGCUGGGGGAGGGACGCAAGCGCCUGUGAAUGAGAACGGCGAGAUUGAUGAGAACUUUUGGGCGAAUGCUGCUGCUGAGCGAGCUGAGGGUGAUGUCGACAACGAUGAAUUCGGCUCCGCCCCCGCUCCCUUCGAAUCCCAAUUCUUCCAAGACGACGACGACGGCUACGACGGCGGCGCCGACAUGCCCGCCAUCAUGGACUACGACGACGAGCCCCUCAUCACAUACGACGAGAACGGUCUACCCAUCCCUGUCGCCGGCGGCGAUGGCGGCGAGGAGGACCUGUUGGCAGGGACGCAAGGGAUGGAGUUGAAGAGGGCGAGGCCGGAGACGGUCCAUUUCGCAAAGAAGGCAAAGAGGGUGGAUGUGAAGAGGUUGAAGGACGAUAUCUGGUCGGGUCUCAAGACACUUAUCCCCGACGGUCCUCCUCCCACCGACGAAGACGGCGACACCGCUGCUGUUGACGCCGAACUCGACAAGGACAAAGCCGAACCCGUCCAGACAUUCAACAACAUCAUCACCUCCCUCCGAACCACCUAUCCCGCUCAAAAGAUGUCCGACAUAUCUACAUCGUUCUGCUUUAUCUGUCUACUGCAUCUCGCCAACGAAGAGGGUCUCAAGAUCGAGAGCGCGAGGAACGACGGAAAGGAUAGCGAAGAUGUCGGUUGUAUGGGCGUUUUGGGAGAGGAUGGGAUGCCUAGUCUUGAAGAUUUGACAAGGGCUGGGAGGACCGAAGAAGGAGAGAGGAACGAUAGGGUUAUCGGCGAGCUCGAGGCUUUGAAGGUGUACAAGGUACGUACUUGCUAUGUCUUCUCUGAGCGAUAA